AUGCGUCCGAAAACCGACACUAGCUGGCUAGACGUGGGUGUGGGUGAGAAUGGAAGCUAUGUCAUCCGGGAUUACGGACGACUAGACGAAGUGGUCUCCGAGUUGACUCAACCCCGCCAACAGUAUCCUUUCUUAUCGGUAUUCCUAGGUGGGAAGAACAAAGACAUUGCGCUCCAGGCAAUUUUCCCCCAAAACAAUAUCAGAAGGACCCAGCCUAGCUCGCGAAUUGGUUUGCGGUACGAUAUAACAUCCUCCAACAGUGAGAGUCCGAUUUUAUUCGCCGAUGGCAACGUUACUCCCACCAAGGGUGUCUUAGGCGCUAUGCCAGGGGUACAUGAUUACCCGAUCACAUGGCCCAUCAGCUCCACCGAUAAUGCAUCGAGAUUGGUCUAUGCACGGUUAAUUUUUCUUUUUGCUGAUCUCGUGUGCCUUUUCGCCGACGAUUUCCCAGACCUUAUGUCAGUAGCUCAUUUCUUGGUAGACUGCGUUUCCAUGCGAUCUGCAUCGCUGAUGCUUGUUGCGGUCCGACCACGGGUGCUUGUGGUUCUAAUGGGCAACCCAGACCGCAGCGAACGCAACGGCCCACUUCAACAAUUCUAUAAGCAACUUUACGAGGCCGACUCCACCCACCUCUCUGAGUGCUUUUCCCAUAUCAAUGUUGUAUACCUUGACCCCAUCCAGUCCGAUUCCUUAAGGUACGAUAGCGUGCGCACAUGGAUUCAUAACCAGAAGGAGAACAUACAAAUUGUACGGCGAGAGAAUUGGUCACAAGUCAACGCAGUGCAGUUACAGGCUUUAUUCACAUCGGCGAUCCGGAAUCUAGUAUCGCAAAACCAGGCUUUCUUUGACUUUGUGAAGACUUCUCGCGAAUGGAACCCUGUAGGGGCGGGAUUGAGCGAUCAUGUUGCGCACUUUCUCGAAGUGGGUCAUCGGGAAGAAUGCAAAUUCGAGAUCCUACUCUCUUCCCUAGUGUCUGCGCUAAUAUUAGACCACUGUCUACCCGGAAUGAUGUUAAUGGAUCCACAUGCCGUCUUCCAAACUUUAUACCAUGAUCCUGUCCUCCGAGCGUUCCGUCAUCGCCAGGCGCCAAGAUUUUCCAAAUCUGUACCAGAGUUGGUUUCUUUGAUAGAGCAAGAAUUUGUGACGCAGUACCAUAUUUAUGCCUCGGGAGAGCAGUCAUCCAUUGAAUAUCGGCGGCAGCAUCUUCUAUCUACAAACCAUGAACUGUGCCGUGUUCAAUCCGACAAGAUAUGCCUUUACUGUUUGGUUCGUACUGCACAGCACUCACAGGUGUGUUGUCACACCAUAUGUGAUCUAUGCCCACAGUUAUUCGGGAACGCGGCGCCCGACGCAGAGUAUCAGUUCUCGAUGGUAGGUUGCCUGCUUUGCAACUCCCGGGCUGUCACUACAAUUGAUGUUCUCCCUCCUACUAUGAAUCCAACCGUCUUGGCGAUUGACGGGGGUGGAGUUCGUGGAGGCAUCCCGUUGGAGUAUCUGCUUUUGAUACAAGAAAGCCUGGGCCCGGAAUGUAAGCUAGCUGAUCUUGUGGACUUGGCCGUGGGAUCUAGUUCUGGUGAGUACAGACUCUCCAUACCCCGAAGUCGAGGUUUGACCGUCUUGCGCGGCGUAUUUUUCGCGAGCGCCGACAACCCGCUAUAUCGUGGCUACUUCGCUUGA